GGUAUUUAUGUUUUGGACUUCUUCUGGAAUGAAACCUGGUACUUGAAAACCAUCGAUAUCUGCCAUGAUCACUUUGGAUGGUACUUGGGCUGGGGAGACUGUGUUUGGUUGCCUUACCUCUACACUUUGCAGGGUUUGUAUUUGGUCUACCACCCUGUCCAGCUGAGCACUGCCCAUGCCAUAGGGAUCUUGAUGUUGGGUUUGAUCGGCUAUUACGUCUUCAGAAUGACCAACCACCAGAAGGACCUUUUCCGUCGUACAAACGGCAACUGCAAGAUAUGGGGGAAGAAGCCAGAGUAUAUCGAGUGCUCCUACAUGUCUGUGAACGGGACCAAGUACUACAGCAAACUGCUGACCUCAGGAUUCUGGGGCUGGGCACGCCAUUUCAACUACACGGGAGAUUUGAUGGGCUCCCUGGCCUACUGCCUCACCUGUGGGUUUGAGCACAUCCUGCCUUACUUCUACAUCAUUUAUAUGACUAUUCUGCUAACCCACCGUUGCAUUAGGGAUGAACACCGUUGUUUCUGCAAAUACGGGAAAGACUGGAAGCGUUACACUGCUGCAGUGCCUUACCGACUUAUACCAGGAAUAUUUUAAGGCUAACACAGAAUCCAGGGGAAAGAAAAAAGAAAGCUUUUUUUGAAGAUGAAGAGAGUUUAUCCACACAGUUAAACUAAUACAACAUUUUGUGA